AUGAACUCGUUACAGCAAAAGUUUCUGUACUAUAGUAGACGAAAAUCGUUUCGAUACGGUGUCCCUUUUUUGCUGCUGAUUAUAGGCGGUUCAUUCGGUUUGCAACAGUUUGCACAGCUUAGGUACACUUUUUCCAAGAAAGGAUCCUUAACGAGACAGGAAGCGGAAAAGUUCGGCAUUAACAUGAAGAAGGAGGAGGACGUCACCCUCGAAGGCGAGUACGAAAAGGUGAAGAAGCUAGAUAUUGAGCAUUGGGAUAACAUACGAGGCCCGCGACCAUGGGAAGAAACAACCACAACUAGUGGGCAGCACUGA